CUAUAAAUUGAGUCUCUCAGUAGCUGCCCUUUUGAGUUCAUCACAUAAGCUCGUAUAGAAUUCAGAGUGUUACUUGGUUUGGGAUAAUGGUUUCGUCUAAGAUUUUCCUUGCUUCUCUUCUCUUGUUCGUGAUUGCGAUGCAUGUUGAGUCUCACCGUCUGCUUGAAUCCACCAAGAUGUCAGAGCAAACAGUUGAAGCCUCGCUUGUGAACGAGUCUGCAGCAGCAACCGGGAUAGACUGCAAGGGACUGUGUGCCGUAAGGUGCAGCAAGUCCUCGAGGCCGAACCUCUGCCACAGAGCUUGCGGGACUUGCUGUUUCAGGUGCAACUGCGUGCCUCCGGGCACCUACGGUAACUACGACUCAUGCCCGUGCUAUGCCACCAUGACCACCCGAGGUGGAGCUCGGAAGUGUCCUUAACAGGUGGGAAUAGGAGAGGGGGGGUGUCGGAGUUGGCGUACGUAUGUAGAAUGUGUUGAAUAAAAGGGAGGAUUUGUGCUUGUGUAUGUGCUCUGGUGUGCCAGAGUUUCGGGCCGGUGCAGGUUUGUUAUUCUGUAUGUAAUAUGUAACAGUUUGAGAGAGAGAGAGAGAGAGAGAGAGGGUACAGGUUUGGAAUGAAUGUAUAUUGAUUAAAAGUUGGAAGUGUGUAAAUAUUGUUCCUACGGUCUGUUAUGCCCAGUGCAACGAGUUACGAUGAAGUUAA